UUGAGCGCUGUUAUUAUCGGGUAUGGUGUUACAGUCGUGGUCGUGGUGUGAACGCGCGUGGUUCUCUUCGUGGAGGUUUUGAAAACUGUCAAAGUAGACAGACGAAAGGAUGCAAGUGUUUUCUUAUUGUAGAGUGUCGUUUUAUUCUUUUUUGUUCAAUGAUUCUUUACAAGUUGUGCAUUAGUGAGUCGUUGUAUUUGGUCGCCGACGUCAAAAGCGAAAGUGGAUUGGAGAGUCGCUGAUAUGACUUGUCUUUUCGAAGAAGACCACAAUAUAGUGCUGGAUCUGAUAAAUUAUAAUAAAUAAUCAACGAAAAGCCUACAAUCAGCUAUCGGGAAUAAAAACUCCAUAUGCACUCAGAAUAAAAGAUGAUUGAUAUAGAGGAAGAAACGUGCCGGUGGUCGACGCGCGAGUGUUUCCGUGCGAGCUUCAUGGUUCGAUUGACCCAGUGAAUAAUCACGAGAAACGGAAGAAAAGAAGAACCGAAAAGAGGGAAACGUUUCUCAAGUGGUUGUGCGUUUUGUUUCGUGGCAAAAUGUGCUGUGGCCAGCUGCAAUGCGCGGACGAAACGUUCGACACGAGUCUUGGUUGAUCGUUCUUCGUGAAGAUUUCCCCAGUGCGCGGACAGGGAGUAUCAGUAUGUCCUAAUGCUAAUGUCGAGGAUUCGUCGAAUUUCGACGUCGGUUUGCUAGUGCUACCCCGUAUCGUCGUGCUCAUUGAAUCGCUUUGUUUGAAUGGGGUGGCGGUGAACGACCGUUUCUAGGUCGGUUGAGAUCCACACGGGAGCUUAAUUGACGCGCAUCGAAGGAUUCUAGGAGCGGGUCGUAGGCGAAAUUGGAAUAUCGAGCGCGGACCUUUUCGCGCGGUACGCGGGUUCGGGACAAAGCUUUUCUCACGGAGGCUUUCCGCGUCACUUGGGAAACGACGAUUUUCUCACUUCUGCGAUCUUCGUCAGUCAGUGUCGAUCGUACCGCGUCAAAUCCGUAAACGUCUCGCGCGACCAAAAUUAGGUCACUGGAAGACAUAUUACGACCAUUAGCAUCCAGCAGAAUCUUCAACGCAAUUGAUAAAAAAUUUAACAGAGAGUUAAUAGGACGAAGUUAACUAAUAGAAACUUGCUGAUAUAGGAACGAGCGUUUUGCGAAAACUUGGGAAUAUAAAGUCGACAUGUUUUGUUUCCAAACGCCGUUCACACGCGCGUCACGCGUGCUCGUGUCCUCCUUAUCUUCCAACAAAACGAAGACCUCGUCGAUGAGCAUGAUUCUUCCAGCGAACAAGACUUCGGGCUCCAAGUGUGACAGGCAAGACUCGGAAGCGACGAGUGAAGGUUCCGGCUCUUCUAUCGGCUACAUUGACCAGGAACCAUCGGUCUCUGAUACGAGCAGUACCGACAGCACGCUCCCAGAUAUCAAAGCGGAUUACCUCGAUCCUGAGACUUUGUCACCUGGACCUGAUUCUCUAAUUGUACCAGCUUCCAUUGUCAUCGUGGAGAAUGGAAUAGACGAGUCAAAUAAUAUACUUACGGAGGAUAACGAACAGAGUCACCACGCGACCCCUUCCUCUUCUCCUGAGAAGCAGUCGUACAGUAACAGACGGUCCAAGAAGUUGCUGCUUCGUCUACGUUCCGAUUCUUCGACCAACAAAGAGGACAGCUUGGACACGGUUGACGAUUCGAUCGAGGUUGUGUCGGUGGCUUCGAAUAAAGAAGAAGAACAUAGAGACGAGGAGAAACAAUAUAAGUCUGGAGAAACUUUGCUGACGAAUUCUUCGUCGUCGGUGCUGAUCGACUCUGUAGAUACUGAAGAAGAUAUUCUAAGAAACUCCAGAGUAACUGCAGCUUCUGAGAACGAUAUAUCCUCGUUGCAGAAUGUGUUCAGCGAAUCAGAGAAGGAGAACGUGUCCAAUCAGGAAACGGAAACCGAGACAGAAGAAGGAUCCUCGUUACCUUUGAGUCCCGCUGGCCCGUCAACUGGAGGCUUAUCUUCUUCGACAGUACCUUAUUACAAUUUUCUCUGUGUUAAUGGUGGAUCUAUGCGCCAGGAAAUGACCAGCACCAGCUCUCCUCAGUUGUCUUCGGAUAGCAAUCACAGAUCCAGCGCUGAAUCUACUGCAGUUGAUGCCUGCAGUUCGUUUAACGUUGAGAAGAGCUCGAGGAUAGAUACGUUGAAGUCAGAAGGCUUGGAAAGCACGUUUUGCCUACCUGCAGCAAGAUCUUGCCCUAAUUUGGAGAGACAGAGCGCUGGAUGCUCGCCAACUAGCGGAUCCUCUUCUUCUAGUCCUAGUCCAGGGCCUAUCGGGCCUAGAUUUAAACCUAUAGAGGAAGGAGACAUUCAAGUGUGUUUUUUGAAUUAUACCAACCUCGUGAAGAAGAUCUUGUCAAGUAAAUAUCUGAGGAGGUGGGAGACGCAUCAUCUUUAUUUGAACGACACCUGUAUCUCGUCGAAAACGAGAACGGGAUUUUUUCGACAACCAAUACCUUAUAAUAACAUGUCGGAUAUACGGAAGUAUGCUGUUACUAGAUGGGAUCCUACUUACAAGAACUGCCUUAGCAUAGUUCUGCCAAACAGUUCUCUUCUUCUCCAAGCGAAUAAUGCUUAUACUAGGGACCAAUGGUAUCAUUCGAUACUAUGGAAGAGGAGUAUCUUUAAAUAUCAGCAUCUAGUAUCUCUAAAUACCCGGGAGGAAGUAAUCAUCAAAGAAUUAAAGUCAAUGGUUGAUUUCGCGUUAUGGACGUCGCUCCAGGACGAAAGAGUAUCUGUAGCGCCGUUAGAAGCUGUUGCAAAGCAUCUCGAAGAUUCGGCUGUUGAAGAUUCAUCAGAGAAAUAUUCGGAAAAAUCGACAGAAGAAAUGUCUCGAUAUCGAAACGAUCGGAAACAUUGGGCUGAAUCUGUUCUCUCCGUGGUAUCUCCUCUUUUAGACAAAGUUGCGCUUCCAGUCUGUUUAACAAGGGUUCUUGUGAAGCUGGCUCAACAGCAUCCACAGUCGUCCUUGGUUACAGCCAUAAGUCCAGCGAUCACGAGAUGCCUCAAGCAUACGGUGGAUUUUGGCAAAUCCCUGGACAUGAGGAAACUAUUGCAAGUGUUUAUAGCUUCUUUGUAUGUAACGGAUGGGGAGCAAGCGAUCAGAGAUUAUAUCGCUUCGGUUCACGGGCCUGGAAGCGACUGUCCUCACCCGAGGAUGCUUCCUAAUUUGGUGUCCGUUUGCGUCGCUGCGGUUUUCCAUAGAUUCGAAGUGGCUAAUCGUUCUUUGCCGGAGAACGAAAAAUCACCGACCUUGCCUCCAUUGGAAUGUUACCUUCUGGUGCUAAAUAUCGCAUCAGAAUAUGCGGAUUGGAGGCCAGAACUUGGUGCUUUAUUGCAACCUGUACCAUUCCCAGAAGAAGCUUUCGCUAUGAAAGAGGUCCAACAAUCGAUAUUAAUGUGCGUAAUUAGCCGUUUAGCGAAAGACACAAGAUGCGUUGUGCAUCGUGUUCUACUUCCGAUUAGAGAACCCAGACCUGGAUGGAUUCAUAUUGCCGCACCAUCCAGUCCGGAUUGCCCUGAUCAAGGAGAAUUGUUUGGCGAAAUGUUAACUACCUUACUGGCGUGCUGCUGUCGAAGAAAGAAGUUCAUCAGCUGGCUGAUGAAACAAGUACGCGACGAUUGUAUACUAUUAGCAGUAAGAGGCUGCGAGGCUGCCCAAGAAGGUCUUUGUUUAAUGCUAGAGUGGCAUUUAUUGUCAAGCAAAGAAGCUAAAUUGCAAAUAGUUAGUGCGUUAGAGUCAACCACAUCAGGCAAGGAACGAUACGCAGCUCUUUGCCAGAGACAAAGGAAUUUGCAGCAACUUCUUCGGAAAGGAGGUCCUAGACGAUUGACCUUACCAGCCCGAGCGACAGACGCGGACGUUGCCCUUAUUCUGAGCGGAAGGGCUCUUGGCAGCUUGGAAUACCUCAGUUUGGCCUUUACCUCGGUGACCUCGGCCUGCGCCGAGCAGCUAAUCAAAUUACCAGCUUUGAGGCAUCUGAACUUGUGGGCCACGCAGUUCGGUGACGCUGGCCUACAAAUGAUUAGCGAACACUUGCAGAAACUGCAGGUCCUGAAUCUUUGUGAAACCCCUGUUUCUGAUAAAGGAAUCUCUAGCUUGGCCUCACUAACGAGUUUAAAAAAGCUGAACCUGAAUAGCACGAAACUAUCCGUUCAGACGUUCGAAUCCCUGAAGAAGUGUUUGCCAGCUCUGCAAGAGUUCGACGUGAGAUAUACAGACGCUUGGUAGCCAGAGCUUUCUUCUUACAUCCAGUCGAACAAUUCCAACAACUCCAGUAUCAAAGAGAAAAGACAAAGUUAGACGAGAUUCAGACGAACGAAGAGAAAGGUUCGAAUGGUGAAAACAAUUUGAUGAGUCGUUGAAAAAUAUCGUGGCAUCUAGUGUAUUACGUGCUGUUUUAUCGACGAAACGAAGAGAGUUAUUUAGACGUAAAAGAUGGCUCCCGUAUAUGGGAGUAUACCGGGAGUCAUUUAGAGGUGUAGUUAAGAAUAUGGAUAGCUUGAGUUCCAAACGGGACAUUUUCCUCGUUUACGUGAGAACAAAAGAUAUUUUCAAUCGUUGUUAAGAUUGACUAAAAAAAAAAAAAAAAAAAAAAAAAAAAAUAUGCACAUGUCUAGGACUACAAUAAAAGCCUGAAAGAGUAAGAUGAUUUUACUCGAUGAAGAAUCGAAGCGAGAAAACUUUCAAGAAGUAUCGUUAACUGCCCAAGAAUUGACGUUUCGAUAUAAAGAAAAAAAGAGAGAAGAUAAAAAAGAAGGGAACGUUCGAGGACACUCAUCGAAGUUAGAAUAGAAAGAGAGUGGAAAUUCGUAGCGACUCUAUAAAUAGUUGAUUCAUGUAGGAAUAAGUAAGAGGACAUCGAGAGAUCGUUUCCGAUGGCACAGGGACUUGCUCUUCGGCGACAGGAAUCCGAAUUAUUAUUCGGUCAAUCGCAAGUCUCCAAGUGCGUUGCCUUUUUCCUGAAUCCUACGCGUUACGUUUUAUUCCGAUUUUAAGCUGUUAACGUUUUUAAUUUGAAGAUAUAAUAUAAUUUAUCGAUAUAGUAAUAACGAAUAGAGUGUAGAUCGUUUAAUUUAUUAUUUGUAUAUUUAUUGAAUUUUAGUUUGUAACAGGAUAUUAUUAAUUUCUUUUCGAUAUACUUGAUUCGCUUUAUUUCGUUCCUUGUAAAUAUUAUUUGAUAGACGCGUUAUUCUUGAAAGACGUUUCUUCGAAUGUGAUCUACAUAGUUAAGUAAACGUAGUUUUAUAAAGGGAACAGAAAUAUGCAUUUAAUUGAGAUUCGAUUUGAUUGCGCAGAUAUCAAAAGGACACCGGAUAGAGCUGACGAUGAGUGAAAAUAGAUUCCUGAUGAUAUAUUUUUAUUUCGGUUCGUUUUUAGUUAGACCAUUGAAUAAAACAGCCAAGAACUCGUUCACUGUGACUUGCUCUUUUAAUGUACAUUUUAAAACUCGUUGUUAAGAUAUCCAACUAACAAGAUACUAUCUUAAAUCUAAUGAUCUAAUCUAUAAAGUAAAAAUUUGAACUAUGUGUAUUCUAUUAACAAAAAUAUUAUAUAUCCUCGAUGAAGAUAUUGGGUGUUUGAGAAAGGAUAACAAAUAUUUUAGGCUAUUCGUAAAAAUAAAUAAAGAUUUUGAUACUAAAAAUUUAAUAAUUUCAGAGACAGUUUAUUUAUAUAAUGUAAUUAAAUUUUCAAAAUUAGUAAAUUUUAUUGAAUAAUGAUAUUUGUUUAUAUAUAAAGGGAAAAAGGGAUACACAAUUAUUUAUGAUUAAAGAUAUAUUGUAAACUUAAUUCUAUUUUUAAUUAUAAGUUUUCUUCUGCUUAUUUCGAUGAGUAUUAUGUAUGUAUUUUUAAAGUUCUUGACCCUUUCUUCGACACCCUCUAUAUUAACAGUUUCUAACCAAACAUAAUUUGGCAACGUUGACUUCGUCGAACGAAAGAUUUACGUGAAUUAGUCGUAUAUACCUUCUAUUGAAAAUCAAGGUGUUCAUUAGUCGGUUACUAUACACUUGUACGUACAAAUAAAAUCGGGGAAGAAAAUUUGUCAAAAGAGAAGUGAACGUUAUACAUGGAAAAGUCGAAAAACAAAGGGACACAUUUCAGAUAUUCAAUAUUUUAAGACUAUAAUAAGUGAAUAAAAUAUUUGUCAUUUUACCACGUAUUCGUUCGAAAUUUUUAUACGCUUGGUUCAUUCCUUGAUAAAAGAUAUCGUUAAGACAUUUGCUAUUUGUAAGAAUCCGAAUAUCAUAUUUAAUAUAAUAUUAGAACUAUCAGAGUAGUUAAAACGACCAAUUUCUAAUUUUUUAUAGAAAUUUUGUUUAAUUGGAAAAUUAUAAGUCCCUUUACUUUACGACUUUUAUUCGUGAAUCGAGAGAAAAAGUGUAUGUUGUCAUCGUGCAAAGUAAUAUCAUAUUUAUUUUAUUUAUAUUAUAGCUUGUACGCUAGGAGAUAAAUACGGGUAAACUUCUUACCGAACGAGAGUGUGUUCUCGAAGAAGAUUCUUUGCCGAGGAUUCUUGCUCUUUUUUCCUUUGAAUAGCGCUCAACUGCCUUAGUGAUCAAGCUCUGAGCGGCCACUGCCAUAACGUGUGCGAACCAGAACAGACUCAACUGUCCGUUGCACUCGUUAGAAUCGAGUUUUUCUUUUAAAUUUUAACUCUUCGGGUGUUUCGAAAAUAAUACUCGGCUGCAAAAAUAAUACUCGACUCCGAAAAUGUUGAUUGUUUGUCUGGAAUAUUCUUAGCACUGUUCGACAGUUUCAAAAUAUCCGGCUUUUGGGGUUCAUACUAUAAUCAGCUUCGAAUAUUUCAACUAUUCAACUGUCCUCUAUUUGAGACAUUCUACUGUCAAAAGUAAUAUUUUCUUUUUAUAAAAAGUUGAGAAUGUCGUAUCGUAUAAAAAUUCAGAAGUACAAAUAGCAUUUUUAUAUUACACAUAGUAGGAUGAUUUCAUUUCCAAGCGUUGUAUAUUUUGCAAUUAAAUCGUAGCUGGUUAAACUUGACGAAAACAGUCGUUCGUUAGUUUUAAGGAGAAUGAUACGAAACUAUAUGAACGUGAAUUUGAAUUUUUUUCUUGUUAAUCUUUUUACAAUUGUAGAAAAAAAUCAUAUUUAUGUAUUCGAUACCAGCGUUGUUAGAUAUUUUUUCUUAAUGAAUAACAAUUUGAAAGUACUGCCCUAUAAAAUAAAACUUAUCUAAAUGUUAAACAAAAUAAUUAAGAUAAUUGUCAUAUAUAUAUUAUUAUUAUUAUUACAUAUAUCUUUUCCAUUUUUGAAGGAAAAGUCUUCCGAAAUCACGUUUAUAUCAUUUUUCUCGUAUUUUCGUUUUCAUAGAAAGUAUACGCCCAAAAUCCGAGCAGCUGUUUUCGAAACACCCUGUACGCGAAUCGUGCAAAACGAACUUUACUCUAAGAUUCGGAGAAAUUUAUAUUAUUAACUUUGUCGAUUGUGUGUGACUGUCUUUUCGCCUAUGAUGAACUAAAAUACAUAUUCUACUCUUCUUCCUCCACCACUUCUCCCUCUUCUUCACUCAAAGAAUUUAUACACUUUUAAGAAAUCGAUCAGAGACACUUACAAUUAGUAAUGUUCUAUUUUCUUUGCGAAAACUCUAGGGAAAUGUACAAUUACGAAUGUUUAACCCAUUAACUGCCAAUUUCUUUUUUCUUCAAAUUAUCAUAUGUACAUACGUGCGUAUAAUUCUAUAGAUUCCAAUCUCGAUUCCAAUGAAUUUAAUCAAUACAUGUGUUUGAAAUAUUAAAUUCAAAUAUGUUCUUCGACAAAAAAAAGGUCCUCAUUUAGGUAUCAUCGAAACCGUGAAAUUUACAAAUUUCUGAUCCCUAAUUUUAUAGUCUCUAAAUGAGGAUUAUCGCAGAUAAUGGGUUAAUUAAUAGAGCAACAUUAUUAUUUUAUUUUCAUUAAUACCUCUGUAUAUAAUAUAUAUAUAUAUAGAAUAUUAAGAAAGAAAAGAUUUAAUUUAAGAUUUUAAAAGUUUAUAGGAUCUAUGAAGAGAACAAUAUAGAAAGUGCAUGAGUUGAUUAACACUAAAGAAAAUGGUAAAAGCGCUAUAAACUCUUAAAGUCGUGAAAUCUGACCUUUUGACGUAUGUGUAUGUGUACGCCCUAUUUUGUAAUAGUUGUAUAAUAUUUAUUCGGCCUCUCUCCGAUGGUUAGUGCAUUUAAAAUAUAACUUCCGAUUUAUUAAAGAACUUCCUCGGAGAAGGAAUUGCUGUAGCUUUGAAACAAAUGGUAUCUAUAUGUUCCUUAGUGUAAAUAUAAAGUUAAGUUUUAUUUUUAAUUACGAUCUCUAGACUUCGACUAUUUAUAUGUAACAACAGGAUUUUGCGUUUCCAUGCAGAAUGUUAACGUAACACAUUGACAUACAUAGGAAAAGUAAUAAGCAAAAUGGUUAUUUAAGCCGAACAGUUUCUAUUUUCAAGUAUUUAUGUUAUUUCAAGAAAAAUAUAUAUAUAUAUAUAUAUAUAUAUAUAUAUAUAUAUAUACUUUUGUACAAGUAUAUUUACAACUUUUGUAAAUGAAUAAAAAGCGAUAAGAAGUUAUCUCUCUCGUCCUUCGAUUUACGCGGUUAGACGCUAUAUUGGUAUUAUCUUUUUAUGGUAUUUAUUUAUGUUAAAAAAUUCUUGUUUGUGAUCGUACUUAACGCAUCAUCCUGACCAUUCUUUGGUUAAUUUUUAAUAAAAAAGAAAAGGUUGAUUACCUUGGACAUUCUGCGCAAAAUACCUGAAAUAAAUAUUUUUAUACAUAUACACCAGUUUCUUCUCUUACAUACUUUUAUUUUUUGCACUAAUAAAUUACAAAAAGUUUACAUUAACAAAUUUACGCUUCUCUCAGCCAUAAUAGAAUUAUUUGUUGAAUAAAUUUAUUGCGUAUAUCGAAGGAAGGAGUGUCUAAUAAAAUCUUAUUCGUGAUAGAAAAAAUAAUAAAUUAUUAUGUUUUUUAAUUUAUAAUGGGCCUAAGUAUCGUGUAUAUUUAUGUGUUAUUUAUUUCGAUAUUUAUCAUAUUUCUUUUUGGUACCUCGCAAUAUACAAUAUAUUAUUAAUAAACUACAUACGCACCUAUUCUUCAUUCAAGCAACGCGUAGAAAUAUUUCGAAAAUUAUUCUCUCUGUCACGUACAAAUGUUCUUCCUAAAUUUCGCAACGAUUAGUUCAUCUUGUAUUGUAGACAUUUUCUUAUACGAACGUGUAUAUAUAUAAAUUUUUUAAUACCUAUCGUAAAGAGCCUCGUUAUUCCGUGACAUUGUAAGUAGACAUUCUUUAGUAAAGAAAAAAAAGAACACACACACACAGACACAUACACAUACACACAAAUAUGAGAACGUUUUAAAUGCGUAUACUAUCAAAGCGACAAAUUUUUUCCAGGCACUUUGAUCGACUUUGUCAAUCACUUAAAAAAGAGGGAACGAUUUAGAUGUGCGCUUUUUGAACUGUAACGACCAAUGUAAAUCGACUGUAAAACGUGUAAUUUAGCUAUGGAAACUUUUGAAAUAUUAAAAUUACUAUUCGAAAGAAAGAGAAAAUCUGUAAAAAUUUAAAUUAGUCAUAUUGAAAUAAGGGCAUUUAAGAGAUCCAAUUAUCUAAUCUCUUAAGCAUUAGAGUUUAUAUUAUUAAUUUAUUUUAUCAGUUACUUUGCAUGUUAAACCACCUUUCGUAUAUCCUAUAUUCACAAUAAUCUAUAAUUCUUCGUAUCACUUGUUUCUUCGAGAUUAAAUGAAAUUGUUGAGAGCAGUCACGGCAUAAGUCAUUUCUAAAUACGAUUCAAUUUACAAUGAAAAUUAACUUACGCUGUUCCUGAUAUUUAAUUUUGAAUUCACGAUACCCGUAAAGAUUAUCAAGAGUAUAAAGCUUUAAUAUGUCCAUUUCUUAUAAAAGCAACUCCGUAUCUUUGCACACAUCGGUAUAGUAAAACAUAAUAUAAUAAAUUAAUAUAUUUGAUUCAAAUCGUUCGGAAAGCGCACAAUCAUAUUUUAAUCUUUCCUUGUUAAUUAGAGAAUUAAGCGUUCGUUGCACACAUUCCGUAAAAAUAUAAUCUAUUUUUAAGAUUUCCCUCGUCCUUAGCUGAUGGAAGAAGGUUCAUUGAAGGUAUUUGUCAUGCUGUAUCUUUAAUUACGUAUAUUCUUAAAUGUUACAAAACUUCGAAUUUCAUAAAAAAAAAAGAAAUAAAAGAGAGAAAAAG